AUGCGGGAGCUACGUGUAGAGGAUGCUCUCCUAUAUCUCGACCAGGUCAAGAUCGAGUUCGGAGACAAGCCGGAGAUCUACAAUGAAUUCCUCGACAUCAUGAAGAACUUCAAGGCCAUGGCCAUCGACACCCCCGGGGUGAUUCGACGGGUUUCCAGCCUGUUCCGCGGUUACAACAAACUCAUUCUCGGGUUCAACACCUUCCUGCCCGACGGUUACAAGAUCGAGCUUUCGGACAUUGAGGAAAUGAACCGCGAGCACGAGCGGCAGCUGGCCAUCAGCCGCGGGGCCUCGGUGAUGGCGGGAGGCGGCAACAUGCCGAUGGGAGGCGGCGGCGGCGGGCACGGAGGCGCGGUCGGGGUGGUUCCCCCCGGGCCGAACGCUAACGGGGGCGGCGGCGGCGGAGGGGGGGGAGGGGGGGGGCACGAGAGCGGGUUUGGGAUGCCCCAGCGAGCGAACGAGCCUCCGGCGGAGUUCGACCACGCCAUCACGUACGUCACCACGAUCAAGAAGCGCUUCAGCCACGAGCCGCAGACGUACAAGGCCUUCCUAGAGAUCCUGCACACCUACCAGAAAGAGCAGCGAGCCAAAGUCGGCGGUGGCGGCUCCGGUCGCGGUGGCGGCGGUGGCGCAGUCGGUGGAGGGGGGGUGCGUAUGCCCCGCGGAUCGCGCAAGAAGAAGCUGUACAUCGGGAGCGGAGAUCGCGCUGUGCCUCAGACAACCGAGCAAGAGCUCAUGUCCUCGAUCAAGCACGCGCUGAUGAGCGCCGGCAGGGAGUACUGGGACGAGUUCACGAAGGUGCUGCAGCUGCAGAAGCUGGAGGUGCUCGCGAGGGACGAGAUGCUCCACCUCGUGUCCGACCUGCUCGAGAGCAACCACCCGGAGCUGUACGCGGAGUUUAAGAGGAUGGUCAAGGAGGCUUCCCAGCAGGGAGAAGUCAACGAGAUUGCGUCAGAGAUGUGGACCAAUACACCUCUGAACGAGCUGGACCUAACGCUUAGCGAGAAGGGCGGCCCCAGCUACCGUCACCUGCCCAAGAACUUCCCGCUGUUGAGCUGCAGCGAGCGUACCUCCCUGGAGCAAUCAGUGCUUAACGACUUGUGGGUGAGCGUCCCUGUGGGAUCUGAGGGGGGUGGAAGCGACGUGGCCUUCAAGCACAUGCGCAAGAACCAGCACGAGGACCUCCUGUUCAAGUGUGAGGACGAGCGGUUCGAGCUGGACAUGGUGAUCGAGGCCGGUAGCAGCGCGAUCAGCCUCUUGGAGCCCAUGGAGGAGGAAAUCAAGUGCAUCGACAAAACCGCGGGGGCUCGCUACCAGUUCAAGCUGGACAGGCGCGUGCUGAGCCCGGUCCAGCUGGCCGCCAUCACGAGGAUCUACGGAGAUCACGGGGCGGAGAUCCUGGAGCUCCUGCGGAAGAACCCUUGCAAGACGGUUCCCGUGAUUCUGGCCAGGCUGAGGCAGAAGGACGUGGAGUGGCGGGUGUCUCGUGAGCGGCUGAACAAGCUGUGGUCGAACGUGCAGCGCAGCACGUACUACAAGUCUCUGGACCGGCGGUCCAUCGACGUCAAGAAUGAAGACAAGAAGGCUCACUCCGCGAGGGUUCUCGUCGCCGACAUCACUCACAGGCGCACGGCCCUAUUGGCGAAGGAGGAGGAGCCCAAGUCUCUGGACAGGGCGGCUCUUGCCGACGCCGCCGAUGCCGCGGCGAAGGAGGCGGCUAAGGCUUGCAGCAGCAGCGGCGGCGGCGGCGACGAGGAUGAUGACGUUAAGGGAAAGGGAAAGGGAAAGAAGGAUGAUGACAUGGAGACCGACGACAACGAGGCUGGCUCCAAGGAGGGUAAAGGUACCGGCGGCGGCGAUGGAGACAAGGGCAAGGCGGCCGCGGCAGAAGAGAGCAAGGACGAGAGCAACCAAGACGGGACGAACGAUGCAUCCUCUUCGUCCUCGCCCGGCAAACAGCAGCAGAAGGUCAAGGCCGAGAUGCAGAACGGCGGCGGCAAGGCGAGGGAGGAGGGGGCCCGACAAGCGGCUGUGGACAAGAUGGUGGCCGACCACGACGCUCAAGUAAAGGCAGCCAAGCAGGCCAAGGCCGAGAGGGAAAGGAUGGAGUCCAGCGCGCCCCACUUCAUGCAGACACACGUGGCGCUGUCCUACCCCCCCUCGAGAGUGCGGAGGGACAUGCACCAGCUCCUGCUCCACGCCGUGCGGCACUCUAGCAACACCCCCUCUGACAAGAACAAGAUGAUCAAGGCGUUGCCGUCGCUUCGCGCGUGGAUGGGCGGGUCGUUGUCAUGGGAGGACAUGACGGCCGGCCACAACGUCUCCAAGGUGUACAGCGGCGCCGGCGUGAGGGGGGUCGGCACGCCGGGUAGCGGGGUGGGGGACUUGAAGGCGGGCUGGAUGGUGUUGCUGGGGAGAGGGGAAGCCCGAGUAACGGCCGUCAAGAAGGGUCCGGCGCCGGCAGAUGCACCGCCUGCUGUGCCCGGUGGAAACCCGGCGGACGUGGUGGUGGAGGUGGAGGCGACGAUGGUAUCGGGCGGGGCUAGCGUUACCGCGAAAGCGGGAGAGAUCCUUCAGGUCCGGCCGGAAGGGGUGGACGUGAUGCCGCCGUCGCCGCUCACCGAGGACUCUGACAGCCCCCGGUCGACCACCGGGAAGGACGCGGCGGGGUCCUGGAGCGGCGGUGGAGGGUCCAGGGGAGCAGGGGCGGGGCCGGUGCUGCCGGAGAGCGAGCGAGUGCUGCUGUGCACGCAGGAGCUGUACGUGCUGAUGAGGAUUCACCACGUGCUGUGCGACCGGUUGGGCAAGGCUGUCAAGCUGGCGGAGGACGCCAAGGCCCUCAAGGCCGGCCAGAAGGACCACCCGCAAAACCCCAUCAUCCGCGAGAGCUGCGAGACAGACGAAGAAAAGGUGAUGCGAUCUCUGGGUCUGGGGGUGGGGGGCUCGCCCCCCGCUUCCAGCGGCGCCCCCCCCCCGUCCUCCCACGGGAAGGGAGGGGGGCUGAGGGGUUACAGCGGUUUCCUGGCCCUGCUGUACGCCUUCACAGAUCAGAGCAACAGCGAGCUGAAGCUGGAAGACGCCGUGCAGCUCACCGUCGGGAACGAGGCCUACAUGCUGUUUUCCUACGACAAGGUUAUCAACGCUUUCUUGCGGCAACUCAAGCUGGUCGUGGACGACGAUUCCUCCCUCAAGAUGCUGCAGCUCUUCGAGCACCAGGCCGCGCUCGGUGCGUUCCAGCCGGCGCGAUUGCUUUCGGAGUGCCGCAAGGUGCUCAAAAGCAAGGUGGACAACCUGUUCAGGCUGCAGUGGUCGACCGCACCACCACCAUCAUCAUCAUCAUCACCACCGUCGAUACCAGCCGGGGGGGAUGGGGGCGCUUCCCUCCUCAUCGAGCUGGUCGUGCCCAACUCGACCUGCAGCGGCAGCAGCAGCAGCAGCAGCAGCAGCAGCAGCAGCGGGACUGGAGCCACCCUGGCCGUACCGGAGACGUCGAGGUCUGCAAGCCCGACGGCAGGGGCGCCCGGCAAGGGCAACGCCGAUGCGUCGGCGGCGGUGGGGGGCACAACAGCGGAGUCCGAGCGCGCAUCGACCGGCGGCAGCAGCAGCGGUGCUGGUACCGGAGACAAGAGCAGCGCCAGCGCGGCGAGCGGCGAUGCAUCGGCCACCGCUUCCUCUUCCGGCGGCGGCGGCGGUAGCGCUAGCACGGAAAAGGCUUCGACCCCCGUGAAGGAGACGGCAGCGGCGGCGGCGGAGGCGGAGGCGAUGGAUUCCGAUGUGACACCCGCGGCGAGUGAUGCCGCACCGGCAGAAGGCGGAGACAAAGCGGCGGGCGGGAAGGACGGGGAAGGAGCGGCGAAGGCUGAUGAGGCCGCGGUGGCGCAAGAGGUGGUGAGGCUUGGGAAGCGGGGUCCGUCGUCGAGCGAUGCCGAGGGGGGCGGCGACGCUAACGGGAACGCCGACGGAGGUGGUGGCGAGGCCGACAAGGACAAGGCGUCGUCGGAAGAGAGGGCCAAGAAGAGGAGGAAAGAGGAGGCCUGAGGAGGGGGGGGUACCUACCUGGCUGUCAGCGUUUUUUCUGACCAUAGCAUGAGAAGAUGAGCAGAAACGGGGGACUGGUGGGGUGCGAGAACCCCACGUCGCGCUCGGGGAGGUCUGCACCUCCUGUGCAUCAGAUCUUCUGUUUUUAUUCUCUAGCGGUGGCGAGUAAGGGUGCCCUGCGGAAUAUUUGGGAGCUAUUUGGGGGGGGGGGAGGGAGAGGGCCGCACGCGGCUGAUGAUGAGUAUGAGAAAAAAAGCCGGCAACAGCAGAAGGAGUAGUGUGAUUAUUAGGUCCUUCGAAUUUGAUGGCCGGUGGGGUAGUUGGGCCCAGCUCCGUGCACGAUAGCCGCAGGAGACAGCGACAGGCCGGGCAUACAAUAAAUAUAUAUCAGUUUUAGAAGGCGUUGGUCGGUAGCGGUGGGGGGGGGUGGUGGGGGGGGGCGAUACUCGAAACGCUCCUCCGUCCAUGCUUGCCCCACGAUCCCGCCGGGUUCCCCCCUGACUUUCUGGCGAGUUUAUUCUCUGCUUCGGAUGGAUCCGAGGAAAAAUCGAUGUAAAGGGCCCGGCGGCGAGGUUGUUUUCUCUAGUACAGCAGUAUACGCAUACGUGCAUACUACGUCGAUUUGGGGGCGGGUCGGUCUUUUUGACGAAUGGUGCACGGCUGGUUAGCCUCAGCAUCGCUGCAGCCGUCGCGUUAGGAUUGGAAAACGUUUUUGUGGGCUCUGCCGAGGGAGGCUGCAGACACACAAACGGAAAAUCACGGGGUUGGGCAGUGGGAAUAGUACCGGGAUUGGUGGUGGCGGUGGUGGUGGUGGUGCUAUGUUAGUGGGUUGUGGGAUGCCUCCGGCCUAGAUUGAUCUCGUACCACCCUGCACGUACCUCCUCUCAACGAGACGUUGAGCUGAAAUCCGCCCGCUCCUCCUGCGUUGGCGUUCACCUCCAUGCGGUGCGGUGUGAUUUCAAAGAUGCGACUCGAGAUACAUGCGCUUCGUGCGAAGGCAUGGAGAUGUCGGUAGACGCAAUGGGGGGAAGGGGGACUACCUAUGUACCCGCCCACCAUCCUCUGUCAGAUUUCAACUAUCGUUGUGUUUUUUCUUGUAGAAGGCGGUCGGUGAGGAAUGGGACUGGGCUGAGAUGGGCUUGAAUCGUGCCGGUGUGGGACGAGCUGCUUCUGGUUUCGACGGGGUCUAGAAAAGGCGGUGUGUCCGCGUAGUGUUUGUUCGAACAAGCCUGGAUACGUGCCGGCAGACCGCGGGAACAUUGGUUAGCUGUUUAUGUAGCCGUAGGUAGGUAGGUAUGUACGUACGUGUGUUGGUUUUGGGGUGUGAGCUCACGUCGGCAUUCUUCGCAGGCUUGCCCAACCUUGACAUGAUCGCAGACAGACCUACCUGCUGCUAUCUCCGUGUGCGGUGGCAGCGAUUUGGGGUGUAGCAGGUGGGGAUCUCGGCGGUACGGGCAGCGCAGCAGCACGCGAUCGAUUAUCGCUUCUUCUUUGGAACGAACGUGGGUCAUCUCUCUGGAAUCUUUCCAUUUCUUGGAGAUACAGGAGAUACAUACGCCGCUUUGUGAAGUGAAGAAAAAGAGGAGAGUGUUCAACUGCUUCUCCUCCGGCUGCUGCUCUAUUUUUUCCUUCGGGAUUGGCGGCGUGAGUGAGGUGGUGGUUGUACGCGUAGCAACACGGUUGUUGGGUUGGGGGGAUUGUUGUACGAAAUAAAACAUGGCGGUGCUUGCUUGAGAGAAGGAGAAGCUGCCUGUCUGUGCUCGCUUGCUGUUAUUAUUGCUGGUUGUUGUCUGAAAGUAAAAAGGAACUGCAGCAG